CACAAACCAGCCGGCGGGAAAGUCUCAAAGCACCGCCGACCGUAAAGAGCCGGAGGAGGAAGAGGGAAGCAGUCUCCUGAAGUUGUGUGGACGGCUAACCGGGACCUGUGUAUGUGUGUGUGUGUGUGUCUCUGUAAGCACGGCAGCAUCAUGAGUGGGAGCGCAGAGGGGGUAUUCCUCUCUCCGCCAAGGGAGUGAGCAGGGAAGCAGACAAGAAGAGGAGGACAGAAUAGAAGAAGUAAGAGAAGAGGAGGGAAGGAAAGGGGGAGAGGAAAAGCAGCAGAGGAAGACAGGGAAAAGAAAAAGGAGGAAAGGGAAGCACCAAACUUUCCCCUAAAGGGUCUUUUCACCUCAUACUGAGACUCUGGUCGAGUCAAAGUACCCGGCUAUGAGGCUGUGAAUCCUCCUUCCUUCCUCUUACAGAGCUCUUCUUCUUUAUUACGUGACCCCAUGUAUCCCAAAGUUGGACCCACCGCUCAAAGCACAGGCACCCACCUCUGGAUGCUGCUGUGCCCCCUGCUCUGUGCUCUGGUCCAGGCAAGGGGCUCCACUCUGAGCCCCGAGGACUCGCAGAGCACCGUUAGCGUGUCGCUGCCGGAGGACAGGACCGGCACGAUAAUCCAGCUGCAGCCAGACCUGCAGACUGAAACCCAGAUGCCAACGGAAGCACAGACAGAGACUCUGCCAACUCAGAGCAGCACCAGCAACUACACAGGUCUUUCCUGUAUCCCUGUCCUGCCGCCACGUCGGGGCUCCUUCUACGUAGAGAGUGGCACAGGCGUGUCCAUCGGCAGCGUGUUGGCCUUCUGGUGCAGGGAGGGAUACCAGCUGGUCGGCAGCGACAAACUCUACUGCAACGUCAGGAACGGCAAAGCGCAGUGGAGCAACUACCUGCCUGUCUGCGAAGCGAUCCCCAGGCCUGAGGACCGCGGUCUGAGAGUAGCUGUGUUGGCUUCAGUGGUGAGUGGCGUAGUCAUCCUCACCAUGUCCCUGUCCUUCCUCAUCUGCUGCCUGCAGGAACGAUCCAGUCGGGACCGAGCCAAGAAAGAGGGACGGAGCAGUGGUCUCCUCCUCAGGCGCAGAGACAAGCGCUCGGCCCGUCGCAGCGAGUGUUGGCUGGAGAGAGAAGAGGGUGAAUGGGAAAAUUUUCCUCCUCCCAAAGUCUUCCAUCUCUCCCAGAGGAUGAACCCUCAUCUGGCUCCAGACAGCCCCCUGUACCUGACUGGAGGGCUGAGUGGAUAUGAGAACAGAGGUUACCAGAGGAGUCAGGAGAGUUUGCUGAAGGCCUCCCUGCCCGGACUCUACCGCUCCGAGUCUCAGCUUUACCCGCACGUGGUCCUGCAGAGGGUCCCGACUCCAACGGCCCCCUCCGCCCCUCUCGCUCCAUCCGCCCCCCUCUACCUCCACCUCCCCUCUUCCUCUGCCUCCUCCCCCGCCCACACAACUGCCCACGCUCAGCCUCACAUCAUGGCGCAGUAUCCCACCCCGACGUACCCACCCCACCCCAACACGGCUGUGCCCGCCUACCGCCCAACACCGGCGCCUAUCUACCCCAACCCCAACCCGACACCACAGCGGCCAUGGCAGUAGCUACGGCAUGUUGUCCACAGUUUGGGGGCGCUGUGCCGUCCCUGCUGAAGAAGUUAAAGGGGACAGCUUCACAGGCUCGUUUUUGGAGACACAUGAAGUCUUUUUCCUCAUCCCUGUUUUCUCCCACCGAAGGCUGCAGAUGCAAAGUUCCAAAGCAAGAAAAGGUGUCCAACUGGAGAUGCAGCCAGUGUAGAAGCUCCCUCUUUUACUGCAUGCUUGCUUGAACUUCUGCAUUUUGGACUAAACAGGAACUGAACACAUUUUUCUUGUCCUUAAUUCUUGCUGAACUGCUGCUGCUGCUGCUACACUCUGCAAGAGGAGUGGAAUAACUUUAGCUUUCCUUAAACCGUCAGAAAUUACAAGAAAGCUUCAAGUAGUCGGUCGACAAGGGAACACAGGAAGUUCUACUUUAAGGUGUGCUAGUUCGGUUCAACCGUUGACGUUUUUUGAAGGAUCUGAAGCAUCAUCAAGUACUCGGUCAUGGCUGCCACUGUUUAGGCAGCUCAAAUCUCUCAGCAGUUUGUUUUUUAAUCGCUUAUUGUUAAGAAAAGGAUCCCUAUCAGCCUUCCUGAGGUCCACAUAAUAUACCAUAAUCUAAUCUAGACAGAUACAGUAUAUAUAGAGAUUUUAACAUGAAUUUCUGAAUUUCUGAAAUCUGAUGUGUGAUGUAACCAAAGGUUUCAGGUCACUUUCCAGUUCUCAUUAAUAUGUCCUGGUAUUUCCCCACACUGCAUGGAGAACACGGACCGACACUGGGGCUUUAGGGGUAGCAAACACACUGUGAUUAAAACGCUGCUGUUGCUGGAGCCAACUUUGUGCUGUUUGUAUGGAUUCAAGAUACAGUGAUCGUUUUAGAUUGAUCUUUUCUUUCUCACCAGAAGCGUUGACUGGAGUUUACUUUUCCCUGUCUGUACUGCCCAUAGACUGUAUGCUCCAUCCGUCACAGUUAUUUAUGACGAAGGCUUGUUUUAUGGACGGCAGUUUGACUCGAAAAGUAUUUCAGCGAAGUCAUUCAGGGCCCCUGAUGGAUUUUAGGAACAUGUAGAACAGGAGCGGAGCCAGACGUUGUAAACAGUCAGGGCUCAGCACAAACUUUGGGGUUGGGGGUCCGGGGGCACUGCAGGCUUAUUUGACGGCAGCUAUGUGCACUAUUUUUCAAGCCAUUUGAUAAUAGAAUGAGUAAAAAUGUGUAAAAAAAACCUGAUAGUUGCCCAGGAAAAGAAUCCUAGAGCCAAUUUCCUAUUUUGUAUGUAAAUGUCUCCACAACUAAUGUUGGGGAUAACUACUGCCACCUAAAGAGAGGCAACAAAGUCUGAUGUUUCUAUUUUUAAGUUACAUAACAUAGAUAGGGAAGGAAUUUGGCGUAAACAGCAUUACUAAUCUUGAAACAUAUUGUUAGUAGGGUUCACAGAAUAAAUUGCCGAUGUUUCCCCAGUACUAUGGACCUUCCAUUGUGUCCUGAAUAAAGUCGUUAUUAUUGGCUCCA